UGUCAAAUUACAGAUUCUAUGCUGUAUCACUGGGCUAUUUGGUGUGUGCCAAAAACGAAUAUUCUUGCUCAUUGCGUUGACCAUUUCUACCGUCAUCUCUAUAUGCCAAAAUGUGCUAGUUUUUCUAUGGUAUAUCGGGAUAUUCGGUGAUAUAUCAAGGCCAGUACUAUCAGCUGGGCUACCGUAUUCUUACUCAUUCUUUUUGAGGCACACACCUUUCUGCGGUGCUCACUACGACUUGCAAAAGUCAAAAUGGGUUCAACCUCACUGUGCAUUACCGUAUAACCAAAUCGAAGCCGGACAAGCACUCCUGCAUGUGAUCUUAGCCGCAAUCACAAUGAUUCUCAGCAUCAUCGUGAUUCUGGAGCGGCGACGGGAGAAAGACAGGCCGAAGAUGCCACUGCCAGCACAGUAUGCACAGAUUAAGCGUCAACACCGUCAGCCUAUGACGUCAUCACCUACUGAAAUCGGGUAA